AAACCUCUCUUAGUACAAUGUCUACGAAAAUCGGUUUCGUAUUCAUGGCUCUUUUACUUCUUCUUCCUUUGACAGCCACCACCCCGAUACAGGAUCUCCUUCGGAGUCGAGGCCUGCCUGCCGGUAUUUUCCCGGACAAUGUUAAGUCGUAUCAACUCGACCGUGACGGUCGACUUGAAGUGCGGUUGGAAAGUUCGUGCAUGGCGGAGUUCGAUGGGAGAGUGUACUUUGAUCGUGUGGUGAGAGCCAACCUUAGUUACGGAGGGCUGGUGGGGCUCGAAGGACUGACUCAGGAAGAGUUGUUUUUGUGGUUGCCGGUUAAAUGCAUCAUUGUUAAUGAUCCUUCUCCUGGGAUUAUCUUGUUUGACAUUGGUGUUGCUCAUAAGCAACUCUCUAUUUCUCUCUUUGAAGUUCCUCCUUCGUGCAUGCCUCAAGAAAUUAUGGCAGAGAAGUUGGGUAGGAAGGAGAAAUUUGAUUUCCAGAAGUGA